CGUCUACCAAAAUAUACUUAUGUGUGUUAUCAAAAAAAAAAACUUUUUUUCGUUCACUCGACAGAACAUUUACUUUUUUUCAGUCUUCUUUUGUGUGUGAAGUAAUAAGCGUGCGUGGAUACAAGCUAAUACUUCAUUUAGACGAUCGUGGCCUUGAACGAGGAACUUGAUUUAAAAUUUUAAUAUAAUUACCUAUUCAAUUGCAACAAAAUGGCAUUUCGUAUUGUAAAAUUAUCACCAAUAAUGGCUCGUAUGAUGUCGACAAAUGCUACCAAAGUUGGGUUUAUUGGUUUAGGACAGAUGGGAAAUCGAAUGGCCACAAAUCUAAUGAAUAAGGGCUACAAAUUGAAUGUUUAUGAUAUCUCAGCCGAGGCAUGUGAUGCAAUGAAAGCAAAAGGUGCUGAAGUAUAUAAAACUACACAAGAGUUGGCUAAAAAUUCAGAAUUUGUCGUCACAAUGUUACCUAAUAAUGAUAUAGUAAAAAAUACUUAUGAAGAUAUGAUUAAAGAUGGUGUCAACAAAAAUACAAUGUUUGUCGACUCAUCGACGGUUGAUCCAACCGUUUCACAGUAUGUACAAAAAAUUGUAAAAUCUGCUGGCGCCAGUUUUGUUGAUGCUCCCGUAAGCGGUGGCGUAAUGGGGGCACAAAAUGCGACCUUGACUUUUAUGGUUGGUAGUACACCAGAAGAGUUUGAAAAAGUCAAGGACUUUUUAGGUGGAAUGGGAAAAAAAAUUACACAUUGCGGUACAUACGGGAUGGGAGAAGCUGCGAAAAUUUGUAACAACAUGAUGCUUGCUAUUAGCAUGAUUGGCACAGCCGAGACAAUGAAUUUAGCAAUACGAUUAGGAUUAGAUCCAAAAGUAUUUAAUGAGAUCAUUAAUGUUUCUACUGGACGUACAUGGGCUUCAGAAGUUAAUAAUCCAGUCCCCGGUUUAUCUCCAGGAACUCCUCCAAGCAAUGACUACAAGGGAGGCUUCUCAACAGCCCUCAUUACAAAAGAUUUGGGAUUAGCUGCUAGUGUUGCAACCGGCUCAAACUCUCCAAUUUUACUUGGUGGUCUUGCUCACAGUGUCUAUCGUUUAUUGUGUACUCACGACUUAGGCAACAAGGAUUUCUCAGUUGUCUAUGACUUCAUCAAAAAUAAGACGGAAAAGAAAUAAACGAAAUGGUAUAAAACUUUUAAAACAAAUAUACUUGAGAAGAUAUUAAUGUUCUUCAAAAACAUGUGCAUUUAUUACUUUAUAAAAUACAUUAAAAUUUUUAAUUUUGAAUGUUUGCCUUUUUAAAACCAAUAAAAUGUUUAUUCUUUUUUAAAACAUU